AUGUUCAAGUCUCAAAUUAACUUUACUUCCUUUGAUGGGCCACCUAGUGUUGAAAAUGCACUAGGAACAGACAAUAGAUAUUUUGAUACGGAUAUCAGUACUGGAGCGCCAGAUGAGAUUCUAGAGGAAGAAUCCUUUGAGGCGUUCCAGUCUCAGAAUAAUAGAGAUGCAAAUGUUGGCUACAAUGAAGAAUUAGAAAGUAAGAUGAUAUGGGAGGGGAAUUCCACCAACAUUGAGGAGCUUUUUACCGGAGUUGAAGAAACGGGUUGGAUGUCAGGAUAUUGA